GUGAUUUGGAUUGCCAUUCGUUGUUUCCAUUACUUAAGGCACGUAGGCAGACCUUGGUGAAAGUGCAUCGUUUUGUUUGUUGAUAUGUGACUGUUAAGUGGUGGUUCGGUAAUUGAUAUAAUUGUAUGACAGUGAAGCAUUUGUGUGGAGCAUGAGCACGAAGCGCCAGCGGUUGCGUUCGCGCCGCAACGAUGAAACGUUUGAGAAGCGCCAAGACUUGCUUCUCGCUUGGAGCGAUGAGGUGUGCAAUAGCGAGGAGGUGCCUGAGGUAGAGAUCGUCAGUCUCCUUCAAGAACACAUACCAAAAUAUCGGCUACGAGCUGACAGCCUCACUCAGUUUGGAGGGUACGAGAAUCAAGAUUGGUUUAUACCGUCACCGGCGUUGCCGGUUAGCUCCGAAGACCUUGGACUCACGCCUGACCAGAUCAGGGAGACACUUAAUUAUUUCCUUCUAUGCAGCAACAGGGUAAGCCAAAUGACAAAAACCUACAAUGACAUCGAAGCGGUAACAAGGCUCUUAGAAGAAAAAGAGAAGGAUUUGGAGCUGACGGCGCGUAUUGGCAAGGAGUUGUUGACGGCCAAUGGGCGAUUGGAGGCGCGCGUCUCAGCGCUCGAAGGUGAACUGCGAAGCGCCCGUGAUCACAUCACCCAGCUUAGGCACGACCUCAACGCUAAAACAGAUCUUUUGCAGGUGCUAACAAAUGACACUGAAGAGGCAACAUCCCCGACGGAGCAAGAGUCGCCUACCGCGGCGGCGCUGCGCAAGCGCACCGGCGCUCUGGAGCGCGAAAACAGAGCACUGCGCGAUGAGGCCGCGCGCCUCGCCGCCGGUGCCGACAGUGCCGAGCUGGCUGAGCAACAGCUGUUGCGCGACAUCGCGCAACAACUCGCGAGUGCCAAUUCGGAGGCUUCCAUUUUGGGAGAUGAAUUGUCGGAGGAGAGACAACGAAACGCAGACCUCCAGCAGCAGCUCAACAGUGCCAAUACAAGGCUCACAGUCACCGAGGGAAACUUUCAGCAGUUAACCGCCGAGCACGAACAUACGAUAAGGAUCUUAGAGAUAACUAGAGAAAAUCAAAAUGCGCUCGCGGCGGAAUUGGCCGACACAAAGGAGCGUUAUGCGGAAGUGGCAGCGCAUCUGGCCGAAGCACAAGAGCAGCUUCGGCAGCUGCGCAAGCGCGGCGAGCCCGUGCGAGGUCUCAUGCCCAGCGUGGCGGCGGCAGCGGGACACUUACCAGCUAGUCUCCAUCGGGAAAUGCACUCUUCUGUCUUCUCCGAGCUCAGCCUCGACUCGGGCAUUGGCGACCCGCUGGCACAGUCAAGUAUGCAGAAAGUGUUUGAAACGGUGCAGUGUGCGUCGCGAUGGUCGGGCGCUUCGCUCCCGGGCUCCGACACGACGGACGCGCCCCCUGCCGCUGCCUAUCUUAAACCGCCUCCCAAACCGGCCAGCGACUCAUUCCUAGAUGACACCUCCGAUGUAGACUCAGAUGACCUGUAUCCGGGCGGGUGCGCCGUAGGAGUGCCGGGCGCUCCGGGCGCGGCGGAGCUGGCGGCGGCGCUGCGUCGCCUCACGCCGCAGGAGAUCAACUCACGGCGCGCCUCGCUCGCCGCCUCGCACGUGCUGAGACACCGCCGCUACACAGAGCGAGACAGCCUAGAAGAGAGUGCAGUAUGGGGCGCGGGUGCGGCGGGAGGGCUGGCUAGAUUCCGAGCGCCGCACAAGUUGCAGAUCGUGAAGCCCAUGGAGGGCUCGCUGACAUUACACACGUGGGCACAGCUCGCAAAACCCACCAUGUCAGGUCUGCUAGAGCAACAAGAAGGUGUGGGAGUGCGCGGUUCCCGUUCGACGGCGGUCGGGGCGCGAGUGUACCGGUUGUCGGACGUCGAGGAGGACGACGACAUGCCGCGAAUGCCGCACUCAAGCCACGUCUAUACUUACACUAACAGCAUGGUGCUCCACCCGAACGACGGCAGCCUCGCAAGCAGUACAGUGAGCAGCGUGUGCAGCAGCGGCAUGAGCAGCCUCGCCAGCAGCGUGCUGGGCAGCGCGUGGAGCUCGCGCCUCACCUCGCGCCGCUCCUCCGCCGCCGUGUCGCCCGUGCUGUCCCGCAGGGAGUCCUUCUGCACGCCCCCUUCGAGGCCGCACUUCUCACCCACGGCUACUCCUGCUAACAGUCCGCUGCUAGGGUCCCCCGAGCCGUCGCCGCCGGGCACGCCGCCGCCGGGCGAGGCGCCGUCGCUGCACGCGCUCAUCGCACGCGGCACCUCCCUGCUGCGGCGCCGCUACCUCUCCUCGCCCGCCAACGACGCCGCGCCCGCGCCCAUCGCGCUGCAGACCCCCGGCUCGCUCUAUACAGGUCUCGUCAACCGCAGUCCAAUGGAGCAGCUGACGUGUCUGAAACGCAACUUGCGAUCGCCAGCGGCGGCGGCACCCGAGCGCGGCGAUUCGGAGACGCCGCUGGGCGUGCCGGCGCACCCGGGGCAGGGCGCGCUGGACGCCCCCGGCGCCGCCGCCGGCCGCCGCCCGCGCGCCCGCGCGCCGCGCCCGCGCGCCGACCUGGGCACGGUGGACGUGGGGCCCGCGCCGCCCGCCACGCCCGCACAAGCGUCAUCUCCUCUCGGAACGCUCAGCCUUCUUUUCGGUCGGAAAGGCGGCCUACUAUAAGGCAUCCUCGUCGAAGCGAGGUCGUCCUCGAGCGGUUACCAGAAACGUCGAUGAAAUCGACGACGAACGCUGGACGCCGGUGUUCCUAUCGCUCCCUGUGAUUUGAGAGGUGGACGCCACUUGUUGAGACAUAUUUUUUUUUCUACUCUGUACCUUAAACCGGUGCGCGUCUACUGGGUGAUUUUAUAUUUUGAUUGCGAUUAUUCGAUUUUAUUGUCUUUUGACUUGUAUUUUUUAUUUUUUGUAGCGAAUUUUUUUUUUGUAGGGAAUUGCCACGUGCAUUUAUGUGACUGACCGCGGGAUAAGAACAUCUGUAGCGAUCGCUAUAUUAGCGUGUCCUUUUACUAAAGGUAGAUAGCCCGGCUCACUGCAGGCAUUUUCUUAUUCUCUCUGUAAACAUUCCUUUUAAAGAGCUCAAUUUUUACUAAUCGCUCGCGCGUGUAGAGAGAAUCGUUGAGAGAACCGAAAGCAUUUUUUUUUUCGAUCAAACUGAUUAUAUAAUUCAUAAUGUGAUCAUAAUUUUUAUAACUCUGGGUCAUGAGAUAUUUUUCUGGAAAUCUAAAAUUUUCAUUUUGCAUGAGUGCAUAUAUCCCGUCGCUAAACACCAGUCUGUAGUAUUAUUUUUAAGUGUUGUAAUAUUAAUAUUUAUUAGGUAGAUCAAUAGUGAGACAGACUUAACACUUGUAGUUAUGUAGGUGCUUUGGUGAAGAGUAAUAAUUAAUUAUUAUAAUUAUUGUCAUUUCAAUUAUACUGUCGUCAUGCUUAUUAUUUAGCGGUGAUGUAAAUCGUGUAUCAUUGUAAAUAUUAAUGAAAGUUCCAUUAAUCUAGAAGAGUACAAAUUACUUAUGUUAAAGAAUCGUUCAAUCUUCUGUAAUGGAAAAGAUCAUGAUCACUGAGAAUAACAAUAAUGUCGUAAUAGUAUAUCAACAGUAAUAGAACAUUAAAAAUUGUAAGACAGAUGAACAAUAUCGAUGACGUCUUAUUUAAAUUACAUAAUGUAAAUACUGGGAUGAGGGACCUCAUCUAAGAAUUAUUUUGGAAUUUAUCUAUAUGUUUGAUAAAAUUUGUUACUAACAUAGGUCUGAUAUUAAAUAAUACUGGUGCAUGCCAUAGCAUAAGUAGUGAACAAUUAAAGUAAAAAAAUAUUUUUUAAAUUACGAUACAAUUUGAUCGCAGCUGUCUCCCAUAACAGAACAUUCAUAGUCUAUAAUUCCAUACAUUAGGUUAUUCAAAUUGGUGCUAGAUAGUUGUAUGCAGUAAAUGUCAGAGACAGACUGCGAAAUAUCAAUUUUAAUAAUGUAACAGCUGUACUUCAUACAAUUUACUAUGAAAGUACAUUCAAAUUGAUGCAUAUUACUAUUACUUACACUGUUAUUUGCGCAGUCUGUGGGCUGGCUUUAUUUUUCGUGUGAUUGGGUUUUACCGGACAUAAUAUUCUUUUGUAGAUUCGUACAGCGCUUACAGUCAUAUUUAAUAAAGACGUUAUUUCAUUAUAAAAAUUCGUUAACAAAUAGAAUUUUUGGAAGCUUCUAGUUAAAUUGAAAUAUAGUUUCGCCUUUGGAGAGUAAUUGUUUUGGUAAUUGUUAGGCUGUGAGGUGAUUGAUCAUAUGAGAAUGUUGCCAGAUGUUAAAACUACUUAUGGCCAGGUAGGCACAAACUGUAUAGUAUAAGGGCAACUUAUGGAGAUUUGACGAUAACGACAAAAUGGUAAUGAUUAAAAUAAAUCAAAAAUAUAAUUUAUUCAAUCAUAAA